CCAUAGGGAUUACAGAAGGGUUGUCCUUCUACAGAAUACAGUAUCCACCUGCACUUCAUUAGAGAGCAGCAGUUGUACAUGCCACACCACAAGAUCACCAUGAUGACAUAGCAGCUUCAGUCAACAGCGUGACUAGGGGUUUUCUUCUGUUUUUUUUUUCUUGGGUUUUUUUAGCUUUUGUAUUACAGAGGUUCUGGCAGCCAGUUACCUCCUGACACUAUUUACAGCAUAUAUUGGUCGAUACAGAUUCCCUUAUUGCAUCUGCUCUGGGAAUUAAAGAAAGCAGCUUCAAGACUGUAAGGACAGGACACAAGGCAAAGAUGCAUCUAAACUCCGUGCCUUUCUUUCUGGUAUUGAUCAGUGGAAUUUUCUGUCAAUAUGACUAUAAUCCAGAUGACUAUGGUUAUGAGCGUUAUGUGCCAUCUCCAUCACUCUGUGCCCCAGAAUGUGACUGUCCUAUAAACUACCCAACUGCAAUGUACUGUGAUAAUCUUAAACUAAAAAGUUUUCCAAUUGUACCCUCUGGAAUAAAAUACCUAUAUAUCCGAAACAAUAUGAUUGAGGGCAUUGAAGAAAAUGCAUUUGAGAAUGUAACAGAUCUACAGUGGCUGAUCCUAGAUAAUAACCAUUUGGAAAACUCAAAAAUUAAGGGAAAAGUCUUUGCUAAACUGAAGAAUUUAAAGAAACUGCAUAUAAAUUAUAACAACUUGACUGAAGUUGUUGGACCACUUCCCAAAACCCUGGAUGAACUGCAACUUAGUCACAACAAGAUCACAAAAGUCAGCCCCAAUGUACUAGAAGGACUUAUGAACCUGACUGUCAUUCACCUACAGAACAACCAGCUGAAAGGAGAUGUUCUUUCUGGGGCUUUUAGAGGCCUGAAUUCUCUUCUGUAUCUAGACCUGAGCUUCAAUCAAAUUACAAAGCUACCAACAGGACUGCCUCGCUCCUUACUCAUGCUAUAUUUUGACAACAACCUGAUCAGCAAUGUUCCUGAUGAGUUCUUCCAGGGUUUUAAAGUCCUGCAGUAUUUACGUUUGUCUCACAAUAAGUUGGAAGAUUCUGGAAUACCAGGCAAUGUUUUCAAUAUCUCCUCACUAGUCGAAUUGGAUCUCUCCUUUAACAACCUGAAGAGUAUUCCAACAGUCAGUGAAAACCUUGAAAACUUCUACCUCCAAGUCAACAAAAUUAACAAGUUUCCACUGAGCAGCUUUUGUAAAGUUGUUGGACCAGCAACCUAUUCCAAGAUAACACAUUUGCGCUUGGAUGGAAAUAAUCUCACUCGAGCUGACCUACCACAUGAAAUGUACAACUGUCUCCGUGUAGCUACAGAGAUCUCACUGGAGUGAUGGGCCUCAAAACCUUUAAUUUCUUUCUAAGGGCCAUAAUCAUAUGAUUUACAUCACACUCACUCUUUAAAAUUAGGAUAUACCAAGGGUCAAUUUGCAUAUUAUCUAUUCUGUUUGUUAAUAUUUAGCUUGAACAUGGUGAUCCUAAAAAAUAUGUUUGUGCAUAGCUUUACAAAUAGUUUCAGUUGUCUGUGUUAGGAAAUAGGAGAAGGACUUGCUUCAGCCAAAAAUAAAGACCCCAUCUAGCUAAAAAGUGAAAGUAAUAAAUAUCACAGUUGUAACAGUUUCUGUACUCACAAACAACACACACACAGAUACACACACAUACCAUCUAGGCUAAGUACAGACAGUCAAAAAACAUGAGGCUAAAUUCAUUCAAUCUAGGCAGCUCCCUCUAAGCUGAGUAGGUUGAACCAAUAACCAACUGAACUGACAUUCAGUUUUCAAUUGGGAAAGGUGGAGCGGAGGGAAUUUCCUCUGUUCCCCGGCAUUUGUUUUGCCUCAGACUCUCAGCACCCAAAGCAAAACCAGCUAGGGAGAAGCAGGAGAAUUUCCCUCCACUCCCUGAAGCUGCCUGAGACUUGCAGGGGCUGAGGCAAGCCUCUCUGCCCUUCCAGAGGGGAAAAAUUCCCCUCAGCAACCUAGGGCUACCUAGGCUAGGGGACCCUGGGCUAAGGUGGGGGGAAGCCCCCCAAGGUAGGGGCUCCCCAAUGCCUCCAUGCUGGACUGCAUGGCAGACACCCAGCUAGGGCAACUCCUUCUUCCUCUAUCCUGUGGCAGCUGCUGAAGCAAACAGCAGCUGGGAAUGGGGAGGAGGAAAAAGAGAGAGCUGCCAAGGGCUGGAAAGCUCCCAGCAAAGGGACUUUCCUUCCCCCGAUGUGCUGUGUAGACCCUGACUAGAGUGAUAUGGGGGUCUAUUCCCCUGCCUCCCCAUCCCUAUGAGCUAAUGGAUGCAGGCAGGAAACAGUCUAAGGAGCAGAGGAGUGAGGCAGUCCCUGCUCCACUGGAGCAGGCAGCAUACCCCAGGGCUGCAAAGCAUCCUGGGAUGCU